AUAGCGUUUCUUAAGUUUGUUUUCUCCUCCGUUCGCUUUCCCACCUCAACCAUGUGAACACAAUUUCCACUUCAGUCCAAGUGGAACUUCACUAAAAUUCAGACUAUCUCCAUCAAUCCUCCAUGGCCACCAUUUUAAAAUCUUUAAUUCAAUUCCCAACAUUCAGCAUCAGGACUGGGCAAAGAAGACGAUCGCAGAUGUCGAAUUUCGCCGUCCAAGUUCUAUUGGGCCGAUGGUUCACCGUCUUCGCUUCUUUACUCAUCAUGUCCGUUUCCGGCGCCACCUACAUGUUCGCACUUUACUCCUCCGACAUCAAAUCCUCCUUGAAUUACGAUCAGACCACACUCAACCUCGUCGGCUUCUUUAAGGAUCUGGGUUCCAACGUCGGAGUCUUUUCCGGUCUCAUUAAUGAAAUUACUCCGCCUUGGGUUGUUCUCUUCAUCGGUGGGGUAAUGAAUUUCUUUGGCUAUUUCAUGAUUUGGCUGUCUGUCACCCACCGUAUCCCCAAACCCAAAUUGCCUGCAAUGUGUUUGUUUACAUUCCUAGGUGCAAAUUCUCAGACAUUUGCCAAUACAGGGGCUUUGAUACCUUCUGUGAAGAAUUUCCCUCAGAAUCGAGGUUAUGUAUUGGGUUUAUUGAAAGGGUUUGUUGGAUUAAGUGGGGCAAUUUUGACUCAGAUUUAUCAUGCUUUUUAUGGGGAUGAUUCGAAGGAUUUUAUAUUGCUUAUUGCUUGGCUGCCUACUGCUGUUUCUUUACUGCUUCUUCGGAUUGUUAGAGUAGUGGAAGCGAACCCCACAUUCAAAUCCAAUGAUCUAAAAAAUUUCUAUUCUAUGCUCUACAUUUCCCUUGGUCUUGCUGGCUUCCUCAUGAUUUUGAUUAUUAUCCAAAAUGAGCUCAUGUUUACUAGAAUUCAGUAUUUGGGUUGUGUGUUUGUUCUUCUAACGUUUCUUUUUCUUCCCCUUGUUGUUAUUAUAAGAGAAGAAUUCGGCAUUAGGAAAAGGAAAUUGCAAGGUGUGGAUGUUACUUCUUGGCUUCCGGUUCCAUCAGACGAAUCUCCAGAUGAAUUACCAUUGCCUAGAACUUCAAGUUUUCCAACGACUGAUACAGCUUUAGCCAACCCAAGUUCUUGCUUCGAAAAUGUGUUCAGACCGCCGGAAAGAGGAGAGGACUACACCAUUUUACAAGCAAUCUUCAGUGUAGAUAUGUUAAUUCUGUUUUUUGUCACAAUUUGUGGGGCUGGUGGGACUUUGACUGCAAUGGACAACCUGGGUCAGAUAGGCAGCUCCCUUGGCUACUCAACUCAUACCAUUUCUACUUUCACUUCUCUAGUGAGUAUAUGGGGCUUUCUCGGUCGAGCAUUUUCGGGUUAUGCUUCUGAAUUCUUAUGGACGAAGUAUAACUUCUCUCGCCCUUUGUUCCUCACUCUUGUCCUUCUUCUCUCUUGCUUUGGCCAUCUUCUAAUUGCCUCUGGACUCCCAACCUCCGUUUAUUUUGCUUCUGUGAUAAUUGGAUUUUGCUUUGGAGCACAAUGGCCACUGAUUUUCGCCAUUGUUUCUGAAUUAUUUGGCUUGAAAUACUAUGCAACUUUAUAUAGCAUUAGUGGAAUUGCUAGCCCAGUUGGUUCAUACAUUUUCAAUGUGAAAGUAGCUGGCUAUUUAUACGACCAAGAGGCUAGAAAGCAAAUGGAUUUCGGUCUUAGAAAUGUAGCUGGUAGAGACUUAGCCUGCAAGGGCGUCCAUUGUUACAGAUUAGCUUUUCUCAUUAUCUCUGCUGCAACCAUGUUCGGUUGUUUUGUUUCAUUCAUUUUGGUGCUCCGAACUUGGAAAUUCUACAAGGAUGACAUCUACAAGAAGUUUAGAGAUGAAAGAAAGGAAUCAAGGCAAUCGAUUUAGGAUUAGACUGUUUGUUCAACACACUGCGAUCUUGUGUUAUUUUCCUUCUGUUCCGACAUCUGAGAAAAAAGCGAUUCAAGAAAAGGUAAAGAUAGAAAGUUCUUCUACCGUUGUAAGCUUUGUGAUAGUAAGGUAGAAUGAUGCCUUUUAUUAUAGCAAAGAUGGAGGUUGAGAUCUUCAUUUAGUGUCUUUUUCUUACUGGUAUUUACACCGUUGGUAUGAUCCAAACACAAAAACGAACCUGUCAUGCAGCUUGUGCACGGAGGAACAGGAGUGGUGAAUCGCCAUUUUGCUCAGAGCCACAACCUAUAGGAACGAGAACAACUGUUUAUUGCUUACUUUUGUUCAAUACAAAAAUAAGUAUGCUGUUAUCACUCAGUUAAAAGAAGAAAGCUAAAAAAGGAUAUUUGUCUUUUUUGACAUUCAACAAUUGUGAAGCUGAAGAUGUAACGGUCGAUUUUUAAGAUGAUAAUUGGUGGUUUUAUUGAACUUGAAUUGACUUGAGUUCUUUGUUGUAAGUCCAUGUACCUUUGUAAAUUAUGUGUAGACAACCACAAGUAAUUAAGUUGAUUAAUUGUAACGUCACAUUUAUAUUGGCUGGUUUUCUUAUCUGCUUUUCGAUAGUAUGUGUGAAGGAGCUGUUCUUGUCGAGCAAAGUUAUGGAAUCUUGUUUCUUUGCA